UAGCGCUUUGAAAAUCAAUAAUGGCUACUGGAUAAAGAAGCGCUUGAAAAUACAAACAAAACUUUACCUUUUCUUCGUCUAAUAAAUUAAAUAGCAUCACAUACUCCUGAUCGACAGGCUUCAUAACUAAAAAGAGCUUGAAAUCUCCAAAAGUUAUUUAAAGCAAUAUCAAAGAUCGUUUGCUUGUGAGGCAAUAAUGAAUGCACCAGAAUCUUUUGAGCCUUUUUUGUUGUUGGGUGAUGAAAAAAAAAUAAAUAUUGUGAAAGAUACUAAAGUUCCAAAUGCUGCACAUUUCACUGUUAUGAAAGAGGAUCACACAUUGGGUAACUUGUUACGUGCACAACUGUUAAAAGAUCCACAAGUCAUAUUUGCUGGCUACAGAGUGCCACAUCCACUAGAACAUAAAUUCAAUUUGCGAGUACAAACAACUCCAGACUAUAGUCCUCAAGAAGCAUUUACAAGUGCAAUAACUGAUCUUAUCAGUGAAGUUUCGUUGUUAGAAGAACGCUUCCGAGCAGCUGUAAGAGAAAAGAGAGAAGGUUUAGAGUGAUAAUCAUGCGUUAUAGCAAUUAUGUUAUUCAUUUUUAGAUUUUCUUGUUUGCAGCGAUAGUCAAAAUAUUGUUAACAAAUAAACCAAAGAACAGUGAAGUCUUAUUAUUUAUAAAAUAUUACUUCAACACUA